AUGGAUCGUGCAAAAAAACGUUUGGUAUCAGCGUUAGAUGGAUUCAGAAAUCAACAUAAAGCUGAAAUAGAACUUGAUGAAAAAGUCACUACGACAGAUGUUUGUUUGAAAAGGAUAGUGAGGCAUGGAUUUCCCGACGAUCCGCGAUGUAUGGCUUACGAUCCUGUACAGAAAUUGCUGGCCAUAGGUACAGGACAAGGACUAAUCAGAAUUAUUGGAGAUUCUGGAGUUGAUAGUUGCUUGAAACAUGAAUCAGAUGCUGCUGGUGCAUUAGUUACGGCAUGUCGAGAUGAUCUUAUACAUCUAUGGAACUUUCGACAAAAGGUACCAGAAGUUUUGCACAGUAUGCAGUUAACGAAGGAAAAAGUGACCUGUUUAAGUCAUCCAUUUCAAAGCAAAUGGCUCUAUGUGGGAACUGAACGUGGCAAUGUAUAUUUUAUCAAUGUCACCUCGUUUACGUUAUCUAGUUAUGCCAUUAACUGGAACAAAGCUAUUGACUUAGGAGUUAGAACUCAUCCUGGUAGUGUCAAAGCCAUUUCAACUUCACCAACAGAACCUAUUAAGUUGUUGAUAUUGUAUGAGAAAGGAACCGUCAUAUUAUGGAAUCUUCAGACCAAAGAAGUGGACAGGUUCACAUCAGAUCAUCCUGCUCGUUGUAUUUCUUGGCAUCAUAAUGGUCGACAGUUCAUGUGUGGUACUGCAGAUGGUUCACUGUUGAUCUGGAAUAUAAAAAAGGCAAGCGAGUACAGUCAGAGGUUGCAACCUCAUGGGCAGAGAUGUCGACCUAUCACACAGGUUGACUGGAGGCAUUCAGCUGAUGGAGAACAGUUAAUUAUUUUUUCUGGCGGGUUGUCACAAGAUGAUGGUGUACUUCCGGCACUAACGAUAAUGAGAGCAUCAAAAACAGCCACAGUUUUGGAAUUGGACCAUCCACUGGUAAUAUUCGUUCCAUUAAGUGCGACGCCAUAUACUAGCGUAUCACAACAACCUUUUUCUGUUGCAGUACUUAUAAAAUAUGACAUACUUAUUAUCGACCUUACAACACCCAGCUAUCCGUGCCAUGAAAAUGUGAAUCCGAUGGACAUACAUGAGUCGCCGGUGCGAUGUAUUAGCUAUUUUUCCAAUUGUCCUCUUGAUUUACUUGGUGCUCUAGCGCUUGUUGGUUCGAAACAGCGGCGUCAGGGAUUCAGCGACAAGCCAUGGCCUGUCACUGGAGGUUGCGGACGCGAUUGUGCAAUGGAUGGAUCGAUAAAAUUUUGGCAAGCAUCUGGAGAGCAUUUACAAAUUUUGUACAAAUUGAGAAGCGGACGACAUUUUGAACGAAAUUAUGGAAUAGAAAUGCAUGAGUUUUCAUAUGCUGUUACAAUGAUUGAAUUAUGUUUGGAUUCUCGACUUCUACUUGUUGCUGCACAAAAUGGAUUGUUGACGUUAUUUCGUUUCUUGAAAACUGAAAAUGCUCAAGAAAUUACUGUGAUAAAUAUUCCAUGCGCAUUUAAUUCAUUGUCAAGUAACGAAGACUGUGCAAAAAUAUCUACUAAGAAAGAGUUGAAAAGACAAGGCAAGGCGAUCUCAGUAGAUUCAAAUAGUACAGACACUAGUGAGGGUAGCAUCGAAGAUGGUUUCUUUCCCAUGAAAGUACGGGGAGGAGUACUCAGAAGACCUGCAGGUUAUCAGCCGGAUUUGGUAUGCAUGUUUCCUUGGAUAAAUGGUUCACAAGCAGAUGAUAUUACAGCAAUUGCUUUGAAUUCAGCAUAUGGUGUAAUUGCUAUUGGCACAUCGAUGACUUUAACAUUGGUUGAUUCCAUACAAUACACUGUUAUAUGCUCGUGGUCAACUGCUGAUCGUUAUGCCUCUCAAAAUUCGCCAUCUAUAUUGCUUAGUAGCCAGAACAGUAGUGCAAACCAACAUGAACUUGGUCAGGAUACAAAGCGUAAUUUAGACUCGCCUCCAUAUUCUACUGUCACAAAAUCAGCAGUUCGUUUUAAUACUGAAAAUUCGCGAGGAAAUUCGGACAAGCGACCGCAAUUACUGAAAUCGCAGUCGGUCACUGAUUCUAGCUAUGAAUUUAGGGAUUUGGCUGUUGCAAAAGCAAACUCAACAGAAGAAAGUCCAUCAGGUGCAAGAAAAGCAUUAUUUUCGGACAGUGUGACGUCACUGAGUUUUAUUCAGUCAUGUAUUAAAAAAGGAGAUCUUCGAGCACAUUUGUGUCUUUGGGUUGGUUCUUCAACCGGCUUAUGUAUUGUAUACAAUUUGCUUCUUCCUGCGGAUCGGUUAAAUUCAUCCGUCUCCGUUGUUCAUAAUGGUGUAACCUUUCAAGGACGCGGUCGCAUGCUUUACACUACAUUCAUGGAUGAAAAUUUUUGCUUAUUAGACGCUGCAGCUGAAAAUUACCGUGACAAGGAAUGUGAUCAAAAGCAGUCACAGGAUAAAAAAAUUUUUGCUAACAGAGUUUUAACAAAAAUCAGUCUUUCCCCUACUUGCUCAAAUUCAGUGGAACAUUCACGAGAGGAGUUCUUGCAAUUUGUUGUUUUCAUUCACGAGGAUGAAGUGCACACAGUUGCUUUACCGAAUUUCAGUUCUUUGUUUUCGCAUUAUUCAGAAAUUCCAUUCGUUAAGGCUCGAGCUACUCAUGUUCAUGGUUAUCCUGUACUUAUGUUAUUGGAUGGUGCUGGACAUAUUGUUGUUCUUAGCCUUCCUAGUUUGAGACUUCUCCACUGCUCAAGUCUAUUUCGACAUUCUGUUGAUUAUGAUGACCCCAUGUGUUUGAAGACGUCAUUUACGGAACAUGGGCUGGGUAUGUAUACAAUUACACCAUCUGAGGUUCAGAAGUUCACAAUAUGCUCCGAGUUGGCAAGUCAAGUCCAAGACUCUGUUGGCGAUUUAUUUGUGCCAGUAGAUAUGCCUGAAUUACCGAAAAUUACUGAUAAGAAUUCUAAUGCGACAACUGGUAACACUAUGCGGUCAGUUGGAAAAACAAUACCUGGUCCAUCAUCCAGUAUGGAACAAGUUACAACUCGAGGGAUAUCUGCUGGUCAAGCGGCAAACAUGGCAUUGCAAGCAUUACAUGAGCGUGGAGAAAAGCUUAAUAUGACAGUUGAAGCCACAGAGCGGCUUAAAGAUAAUGCUAUGACUUUUUCUCAGCGAACAAGCAAGUUGGUAGAAAAGUACGAAAAGAAAAAGUGGUACAAUUUCUGAGA